UCAAAGACAAGAAAGACUUAUUCUGAUAAAAUCAAUCCCAGCUUCCAGGAAACAUUCAGGAAAGAAGAGGAGCAGAAACGCCUUUUAGUUGAUACUCAUAGUGCAGCAAUGGACCUGCAUAAACAACUGGAGAAUACUGAGAGAAACUGGACCAAAGAGAAGAUGGAACUGCUGGAGAGAUUUGACAGUGAAAGGAAGGAGUGGGAAAAUCAGUGGAAGGUCAUGCAGAAGAAAAUAGAAGAGCUUUACCAGGAGGUAAAACUAAGGCGGGAGAGCAAUAUGAAUGUCCGGGAUAAUAAGGCCAUUCAAAGCAAGAUGCUGCAGCUAUCUGUAUAUUCCCCUACUUCAGAACGGAGUGACACAGCAGAACUGAACUGUCGACACAACUUGGCAAAUGGCUGGAAGGAAGAAAAGAGUUUGCUCAGUAAAUCAGAACAAGAAUGUAAAGAAACUAGAACUCAGAGGAAAAACAAUGUUUUAUUAAGGAACAGUCUGGCCUUUGACAACCAGGAGAAAUAUGAAGACCUCCUCAGCUUGAAAACUCCUAAGAAAGAUACCAGUAGCUAUGCUGGUGAUCUCAAUGCAGCUCUUAAAGAACUGGCGAAAGUUAGUGAAGAGUUAUGCAGCUAUCAAGAGGAAAUUCGAAAGAAGCCCAACCACAGAAGAAUGAAGUCACUUCCUUUUCUGGAAGAAUUUGAAGAAACCCAAAACACAGUUAUUAUGCCUGAGAUGAACCGCAUGUCCAGCAAUGAACCACAAACUUCUUCCCUCACCUUUGAAACAGAAGGACAAAAUAACAGGAAGAACUUGAUGAGUGCCAACAGGGGUUUGAAAGAUUUGCCUUGUAGCUCUCUUACUGGUGAUAGAGGAAGAGACUUCAUGCCCUGGCCAAAAAAAGAAGCCCCCCCAAUUCCUCCACGGAGCACUUCUCGACAUCUGACAAGCUCACUUUCUGCAGCUGUACACGUCUCUGAAGUACCCGUAAAAGAUUCAGGCAGCAGAAGCAACUGUAAGGUUCAGGAGGGUAGGAAUGGAAGGAAAUGUAUUAAUCCUUCUCUUGCAAAACAGAAUGAAGCUCCAGUGGUACAUGCAAAUGAAGGGAAGUCUGUGAAAGGUGGUGCAGUGGUAACUGCUUCAGUACCUAUAGCCAAAAAAGAGAGAGUCUCUGAGUGCAGUGUAGCGGCAGGUUUUUGUCACAACACAUGGUCAUGUGAUGUGGGCAAGCUUGGAAAAGGUACUCAGAAUGGAGCUUCCCCAUUGUCUGCCCAGAAAAGCUGUUCAGAUGGAAAUAUGGUGCAAACAGAGAAUGUGCACAGGAGACAUUGCCCUAAAUCUUCUAAUGUUCUACAUUAUGGUAAUGACUCCUGUGACCCUGCAAUGCUGCCAAAGAAGACCCAAAGAAAUGAAAUGUUGGCAGCAAAGAUUGAUGAAUUUAACAGGACUGUAUUUCAUACAGAUAAAUGCAACAAAUCUUUGCAAGAAAAUCAGAAGCUUCAAACACCAACUGGAGAUCAUAAACACUGUGGUCCAGGGUGUGACUGUAUGGUUAACAGAACAGAAACUGUAAAUGCAUCUUAUGUUUCAAAUCCCAGACUCUCUGCAGCAAAGAAACAGGAUCCCUGCAAUCCAACCAAAACUGCCAGAACAACAGGGCAACAAAAGCAAAUAAAUGGACUUCUAAGCACCAGUGGCUACCGGCAUAUGCUUCAUGAGCAUGAUUGGAGACCAAUUAAUUUAUCUGGUCGCCCGCGUUCAGCUGACUCAAGGUCAAACUAUGGAGUUGUUGAAAAACUUUUGAAAAACUAUGAAAAAUCAACAGUGACUUCUUUGUAUAAUUCUAAAUGCUGCAAAGAUAAGUGGACACAGUCAGAUUCUGAGUUCACAGAUGGGAGUUGUGAGACAUCGAGUCAGUAUUUAGAAAUGCUCCAGAUAGAGCAAGGAAAGCAAGAGUUUCAGAGGAAUUCAGCCAGGUGUGUUGGGAAGCAAGUCAAACAAGGCAAAGAGAGACAGAAGUUACCAGAGAUAUCUGUGCCAGCUAAAUGUUCAACUGGGAAAGGCUUCUCCCGGCCAGCGCGACCAGCAAAUAGACGCUUACCUUCCAGGUGGGCAUCCAGAUCACCUUCAGCACCACCUGCUGUGAGAAUGACCACACACAGUUAUUCUCUCUCACCUCAGUCAGAGACGGCAGUAGUCUGAACUCAAGGAUGAAUUUGAUGAUGUUGUGAAAUGUGAAAGCUCUGCGCCUCUUUAUACCUGUGUGUUCUGUGAUUGUGAUAGCAACCAGUUCUACACUGUUGUAUAUCAUCCAAGAGUAAUCCUGUCACUUGACUUACUGGGCAAAGCAUUUUCAAUCUUAGAUCAUCAUCGCAGUCUUCAGUGUUUUUAUUGAUGAAAUAAUUAUACCCCUUGUUUUCUUUUUCUCUCUCUUUCUUUCUUAAAUGGCUCACAAAGAAUUACUUUUGAAUGACAUCCUCCUUGGUUUGCCAAUCUUUUGAGUUGAUACAAUGUAUAGUUCUGUAUAUUCUGACUUUUCUGCAAACAGCAGAAAGUAAAGCUGUAUGCAUGAUCAUGUGUUUGUAGGUGCAUGUGUUGGAAUAGGAAGUAUACAGGUAUGUAUUUAGAAGAGACAAACUCUGUGCUAGUGUUGACACUGAAAUUACAACAUAUAUGCCUAUAUAUACUUUGUGUUUAUUUAAAUUUUUUGAAAAUAUAAAGUCCUGAUGACAUUUA